CCUUGCCUGAAGGUCUUCAGGAGAGCCAGGAGAGGCCGCUUGUCAUAUGCCUGGAACGCAAGGACUUCGAGUUGGCUUUUCUGCUCUUGACCAAGGGUGCGGACCCCCGUGGUGUCUCUCUCACGGAAGGUGACACUCCUUUGCAUGCAGCACUGCACAUCUUUCUAGAUAUCAGAGCUGACGUUGGUUUUAACUUCCUGAGUUACCUACUGGAUCUGUUCUGGACCAACCCCACUGAAUUCUACUACCUCAACCCCAACGUCCAGGACAGCAAUGGGAACACGCUGAUGCACAUCAUCUUCCAGAAGGGCAUGCUGAAGCGCAUGAAGAAGCUGAUAGACCUGUUGGCCAAGUUCGACAUCAACCUCACCCUGAAGAACAAGGAAGGCAGAGAUGCACGAUACCGGGUCAAGAAGACCGACGCACUGCUCUUGGCCUGGAACAAAGCUCUGACCGAGAGCAGGCGGAAGAGCCGGCAGGACUCCAUUGUCCACGUGGGGAAGCUCCCAAAGCCUACUGCCCCUGGCCAUGUGUCUCAGUUCAAGUCCCAGGUCUCAUCUAAAGAACUGCCAUGCGGUGCUGCUGGCAGAACCCAGACUGAAGGAGCUGCAGUCCCUGACAGCUGGGAGACUCUCUCAGAUGCCCACGUGACCAGGCAGGACCCUCGAGCCGUCAAGCCACACUCUCUGAGAGACCGCCUUGCACAGGACAUUAUGGUUUUGAUUCAACAGGUCAAAUUGGAGGCAUCCCUUCCAGAUGACUGUCCUCAACACUCCAAGUCUCUACAGGCAGAGACAGGCACAGGGGAAAAGAAAAAUGAGCUUCAGCAAAUGCUGGGUCUGGAAACUCCUGACUGCACUGAGAGGAACCCUGCCGUCCCUGAGGCAGGGGACGGACACGCUCCAGCAGGUCUUGGGGCCUCACCGCUUGUCCCUGUUGGGAGUCGGAAGAGGGAGGGCAACAGCAAUCAGGAUGACUGGAGCACGCAGGACAUCGAGGCCUGCCUCCAGGACUUCGAUAACAUGACCUGGGAGAUCGAGUGUACUUCGGAGAUGCUGAAGAAGCUGUCCAGUAAAGUCAUGACCAAGGUCAUGAAGAAGAAGAUCAUCCUCGUCAUCCAGCAGCUGGGGAACGGCGAGUGGACCCAGGGCCUGCAGAAGCGACUGAAGCACCUGAAAGGAAGCAUCCAGCUCUUCGAAGCUAAGCUGGACAAAGGAGCCCGGAUGCUGUGGGAGCUCGCUAUUGAUUUCUCCCCUCGAUGCAGUGAGAACCCAGAGAAGAUCAUCGCCAUGGAGCGGAACACAUGUUCAAUGGAGAAAUCGGGGAGAGUCUACACAGAAAUCAUCCGGAUCUGGGAUGUUGUCCUUGAUCACUGCAAGCUGUCAGAUUCUAUCAGGGCUAUCUGCAGCGCCUACAACCGGGGCUUGUCCUGUGUUCUGCGGAAGAAGCUGAAGGGUAUCAACAGGGACCAGGUGUCAGCUAACAUGAAAAUCCAGAGGCGCAUACCUCGCUGCUAUGUGGAGGACACAGAGGCAGAGAAGAGCAGGGAGCAUGCUGACCCUGAGUACUUCCCCCCAGCCAGUGCAGUGGAGACGGAGUAUAACAUCAUGAAGUUCCACAGCUUCAGCACCAACAUGGCCUUCAACAUCCUCAAUGACAUGACGACCACGGUGGAAUACCCCUUCCGUGUGGGCGAGCUCGAGUAUGCUGUGAUCGACCUCAACCCCAGGCCACUGGAGCCCAUCAUCCUCAUUGGGCGAAGUGGCACUGGGAAGACGACCUGCUGCUUAUACAGAUUGUGGAAGAAAUUCCACGUUUACUGGGAAAAAGCUGAGCAGGCUGGAAGUCCAUUGCUGGCCAAACAGAUCUGGCUAAAGAGACGGUUAGAAGCAGAAGCUGGAAAAGAGGGUCUCAGUGGGGAGGAAAAUGAGCAGGAGGAGCAUGAGGAAGAGGACAGUUCCCUUGAAGUGGAAAUAGCAGACAGCACAGAUGAGGAGCAGGAGAACAGAGACUGUGCAGAGGCCACCAGUGAGGAGCCAGUGGGGGUCAGCCAGCCAGCAGAGGCAUGUGCACCUGAACACCCCCACGAGCUGGAGCACUUACAUCAGAUCUUCGUGACCAAGAACCAUGUCCUGUGUCAGGAGGUGCAAAGGAAUUUCAUUGAGCUUUCCAAGUCUACCAAGGCCACCAGUCACUACAAACCACUGGACCCCAGCGUCCACAAACUUCAAGACCUGAAGAAUGAGAACUUUCCUCUGUUUGUCACUUCCAAACAGCUGCUCCUCCUGCUUGAUGCUUCUCUGCCUAACCCAUUUUUUCUGAGAAAUGAAGAUGGAAGCUUGAAAAGAACCAUCGUAGGAUGGUCCACACAGGAAGAGGUGACCCUCUCCAUUUGGCACAAGGACGAGGAGGAGGCUGAGAUGGAAGUGGACCACAGCGAGGAGGAUAAAGUUGCCGAAGUGCAUACUGGUGAGAGUGACCCCCGAGUGUAUGUGACUUUCGAAGUGUUCACCAAAGAGAUUUGGCCCAAAAUGACCAAGGGGAAAACCUCCUAUAACCCUGCACUGAUUUGGAAAGAAAUAAAGUCUUUCCUGAAGGGUUCUUUUGAGGCCCUCAGCUGUCCCCGUGGGAGACUCACUGAAGAAGCAUAUAAGAAAUUAGGGAGGAAACGGUCCCCCAAUUUCAAGGAGGACCGGAGUGAGAUCUACGGCCUCUUCUGUCUGUACGAGCAGAUCAGGUCCCAGAAAGGUUAUUUUGAUGAGGAGGAUGUCUUGUUCAACCUGUCCCGGAGGCUGUCAAAGCUCAGGGUGCUGCCGUGGUCCAUCCACGAGUUCUAUGGUGAUGAGAUUCAGGACUUUACCCAAGCCGAGCUGGCACUGCUGAUGAAAUGCAUCAAUGACCCCAACGCCAUGUUCCUCACUGGUGACACGGCCCAGAGCAUCAUGAAGGGCGUGGCCUUCCGCUUCAGUGACCUGCGCUCUCUGUUCCACUACGCCAGCAGGAACACCACAGACAAGCAGUGCGCCAUCCGGAAGCCCAAGAGGAUCUACCAGCUCUACCAGAAUUACAGGUCCCAUUCGGGAGUCCUCAAUCUGGCAUCCGGAGUGGUGGAUUUACUUCAGUUCUACUUCCCAGAAUCUUUUGAUCGCCUUCCAAGGGAUACUGGCCUUUUCGAUGGUCCCAAACCCACUGUCCUGGAGUCUUGCAGCGUCAGCGACUUGGCGAUUUUGCUAGGAGGGAACAAGAGGAAAACACAGCCCAUUGAAUUUGGAGCCCACCAGGUAAUCCUUGUAGCUAAUGAAAUGGCAAAGGAGAAAAUUCCAGAAGAACUGGGGUUAGCACUUGUGCUAACAAUUUAUGAAGCCAAAGGCUUAGAAUUCGAUGAUGUCCUGCUUUACAACUUUUUUACUGAUUCUGAGGCUUACAAGGAGUGGAAGAUUAUUUCUACAUUCACUCCAUCAUCAUCUGGCUCCAGAGAGAAAAACCAGCCAUUGGUUGAAGUGCCUCUGGAGAAACCAAGCUCCUCUCAGAGUCGGUCUCUCAUGGUGAAUCCAGAAAUGUACAAGCUCCUCAAUGGAGAGCUGAAGCAGCUGUACACUGCCAUCACACGAGCACGGGUCAACCUCUGGAUCUUUGACGAAAACCGAGAGAAAAGGGCUCCCGCUUUCAAAUAUUUCCUUAGAAGAAAUUUUGUCCAAGUCGUGAAGACAGAUGAAAACAAAGAUUUUGAUGAUAGCGUGUUUGUUAAGACCUCAACUCCUGAGGAGUGGAUUGCUCAAGGGGAAUACUAUGCCAAACACCAGUGUUGGAAGGUUGCAGCCAAGUGUUAUCAAAAAGGAGGUGCAUUUGAGAAAGAGAAGUUGGUUCUUGCCCACAACACUGCCCUGAACAUGAAAUCCAAGAAACUCAGCCCCAGGGAAAAGCAGCUGGAAUAUUUGGAACUGGCUAAGACCUACUUGGAGUGCAAUGAGCCAAAACUGUCCCUCAAGUGUCUGAGCUACGCCAAAGAGUUCCAGCUCUCUGCCCAGCUGUGUGAGCGUCUUGGAAAGAUAAAAGAUGCUGCAUAUUUCUAUAAGCGAAGCCAGUGCUACAAAGACGCUUUCAGAUGCUUUGAGCAGAUUCAGGAAUUUGAUCUAGCGCUUAAAAUGUACUGCCAAGAGGAGCUUUUUGAAGAAGCUGCUAUUGCGGUGGAAAAAUAUGAAAAAAUGCUGAAGACCAAGACCCUCCCCAUUUCCAAGCUUUCCUAUUCUGCUAGUCAGUUCUACUUAGAAGCCGCAGCAAAGUACCUGAGUGCAAAUAAGAUCAAGGAAAUGAUGACCGUCCUCUCGAAGCUGGAUGUAGAAGACCAGCUGGUAUUCCUGAAGUCUCGGAGACGUCUUGCAGAAGCUGCAGAACUGCUGCAGAGUGAAGGUCGGAGAGAGGAGGCUGCCCUGCUGAUGAAGCAACAUGGCUGCCUCCUGGAGGCAGCCAGGCUUACUGCUGACAAAGACUUCCAGGCCUCAUGUCUGCUGGGGGCUGCCCGCCUCAAUGUGGCCUGGGAUUCUGACAUAGAGGGCACCAAGGCUAUUCUGAGAGAAGCGCUGGAUCUUUGCCAUCAAACCAACCAGUUGUCUGGCAUCGCGGAGGCCCACUUCCUAAAGGGGGUGAUCCAGAGAGACUUUCAGAAGCUCAAGGAAGCCUUCUUCAAGUUCAGCAGUCUCAAUCACUCAGCUGGAGUGGUGGAAGCGCUCUACGAAGCAGCCAGCCGGUGUGAGGUGGAGCCUGUGAAGGUUCUGGCCCUUGCUCCAGGCGGCUUAGAAGUCCUCCUCAGUCUAGUCAGGGCCCUCAAGAGAGAGACUACCAAUGCUGAGAAGGACAUGGUUAAGUCUUGCUUUGAGUUUUUUGGGAUUUCCCAGGUAGAUGCCAAAUACUGUCAGAUAGCUCAAAAUGACCCUGGGCCUAUAUUAAGAAUACUUUUUGAUUUGGAUGCGAGCUUGAAAGAGAAGAGGUCAAAAGACCACUUUUUGGUAACAACUGACCAGGUGAAAUUAGCCCUAAAUAAACUCCUCUUGAACAGGCUGUGUCGUAUCACACAAAGCCUGCUUGGGAAAUCCUACCCCGGGGUCUGUAUGAGGUUUAUCGUAGGCUUAAAAUGCAAUGAUGAAAACUGUGAGGAUUUUCACAGACCUUUGCGACGUGGUGAGGCCAGGUGUUUGGUCCAGGCGAAAAUGCACCUGGUGGCGAUCAACGGAUUACUUUUGGAAGCCAAAAAUGUAUUCCCUAAAAUCUUUACUGAAGAACUGGAGGAAAUUGAUUCUAUUUUGUCUGCAGAUAAGUAUGGCCUUUGCAAAUCCUUUCUGAACGUCCUCUUCCCGAAGCAUUUCCAUCAGAGAGUAUUAUCAGAAAACCCCAUGGCAUGUAAAGAAAUCCUCAAUCCAAAUUACAAAUCCUUCCGACCCUAUAGGUUUGCUUUGAAAGAGUAUAUCCACUUUCUGUUUCAGAAUGAGAAGGCACGCAACCGCCGGGAGUCCACCGACCUGUGGCUGAGCGCCAUGCAAGCUUUCCUUCUCUCCUCCAGUUACCCCGAGGAGUUUGAGAAGCUGCUCCACCAGGAGGAGGACAACUACAACAGGGAGCUCAAAGCUCUGGAGUCUGAAAAAGAAGAAGGGGGCAGGGGGAGAGGCAGUAAGAUGAAAGGAAUAGAAGGGAGAUUUGGCAUGCUGGUACCCAACAAGGGCGAUGAAAGCGUGAAGAUCCAUCUGUGCUUCAUCCGGCUACUGGAGAAUUGCAUCGACCAGUUCUACGUGUACAGGAAUCCAGAAGACUUCAAGAGACUCUUCUUUCGUUUCAUGAACGUCCUCAUCAAGAGAUGUAAAGAACCUCUCAUCCCCAGCAUUGGCAACACAGUGGCCCUGCUGGAGUGCCAGUUCGUCCACUGCGGGGCGGUGCUGGCCCGCCUCUCGGGGAGCACCAUCCUGUGCCUCCCCAAGAGCUACAUCGCACUCUUGCACUACUGGGAGUUCCUGUUUAGCAAAAAGGACAAGGGGUUUGGUGACGUGUUCUCCAUCAUUCAGGAGUAUAAACCAAAGGACGUGACAAGAGCCAUUCAGAAUUUCCGGUUCCACCUUUCCUACCUCGUCAAGGUGCUAUGUGGCUGUGAGAAUGUGAACUUCAAUGUCCUGCUCGAUGCCUUCAGUGACGUAGACUAUGUGGUCUCUGGUGAGGCAGAGCGGACGUUGGUGCUGUUCCUGGUGAUGCUAGUGAAUGCCGAGGAGGUCCUGCAGCCAUACUGCAAGCCCCUCUUUUACCGCCACCUCCCGGAGAUUGAGAGGAAGCUGCAGCUGAUGAGCAUGGACUGCCCAGACCAGGUUCCUGAGAGGCUCCUGAAGGUGGUGAAGCGAGUGUUGGUGGCCCGUAGUGUGAAAUCUGUAGCCGAGGCGCUGCAAGACCUGCUCUUUGAGCGAGACGAAGAGUACCUGAUGGACUGCCACUGGCGGUGGGACAGUCCACACUCCAAAGGGACUGUGGUCCAUGGCCUCUAUCAUGAGGAGGUCAGACUAAACCGCCUGCUCUGUGUAGACCCUGUGGACUACCUCGCUGAUCCUGAGUGUGAGUUUGGUCAGGAUGAAACAGAGGAGCUGGCGUUAGAAGAUCGAGACCACCUCCUGGCUGCCAUCCUUUCCCAGAAGCAGCGGAAGGUCUCCAUCCAGAAGAAGUUGAGAAGAGUGUGCCUGGUCGUAUCUCUGUGUAUCAGCUGGAGGAGAAGGGUGGGUGCCCAGACAGAGCGUAUCAGGGAAGAGGCCAGACAGCCUGGGGCUGGAAACUUCAAAAAGGCCGAUGUGGACAGGACCCAGUGUGACCUGUGUGGAGUGAAGUUCACUUGUGGUCCUGAGAACUACUUCAGUCCCAGCGAAGUAUUUGAAGGAACAGCUUCAGAGGCUGCAGCCCUUUCCAUGGCUGAGCCAGAAGUCAAGGAAUGUCAAGGAAACAGUGAGUCUUAUGAGCAACACAUCUGCUUAGAAGACCACAAGAGGCAGCAAGUGGCCUACCAGAAGUACUCGGAAUUUUUCCACGAGAAGGUGGACCCAGCCAUUGAUGAAGGCAAGCUGGUGGUACAGGACAUUGAGCAGAGUGUGUGGAUCCGUGGUCACCUGGGCUCCAAAGAGCAUAGCCACAUGUUACAGCGGAAGGUCCAGGAGCACAUCAAGAGGGUUGCCGACAAAGUGGAGGACCUCUACAGACGGAAGGCCUGGGCUGGAGCAGAGGAGGCGAUGACUCAUCUGGUCAGCAUUCUGAUCCUCUCCAUCAGGGAGGCACGGGAGUGGUUGGUGAAAACAGAGCGCCGCCUGAAGGAGGAAGGUAUCGUUGAAGAAGAUGAUUACGGGAAUGAAGUUGAAGACUUCGGUGAGCUCCGUCCCAGAAGGCGUUCACGGAAAUGUGGCAAGCAGAGAAAAUACUAAUGUGCACACAGCUCCUGCUUCCCAGACCUUCAGAACAUUCCACCCAGACUUAGAAUUCUGAGUGCUGGGUCAGAAGAGAAAAAGAAUGGAAAUUAGCAUGUAAAAAAAGUAGGGGCAUUCAAGAACGCCUUUGCUUGUUCUCAUUUUGUCUUUCAGUGGUCGCUUAAGGUCUGAGUCCUCCCUCACUUGCAGGAACCCCUAAGUGUCUUUCCAGUGGAAGUGUAGCAGUAUUAGUCUCCCCCCAGCCAUGUUCAGGUAAGAGGGGUCAUAGGUGAAGGGGACAUUGGGGGCUCCUCAGCCCAAAGCCCCCAGGCUCAUCGCCAUCAUGGAAUUGAAUCAGUAGCAGCGACGAGGUGUUUAAGGCAGACACUCCUUACCGUAGAGUUGUCACUGCUUUGGACCAAGAAAUCCCUCUGUGGGUCCCUUCAUCUCCUGCCACACUGCCAUCGAGUAGUAUGAGAGUGUGGUCACCCAGGGUCCAUGUGGCCCCAUCACCACCUCCGUAAGCCUCAGCUACAUUCUGUUCAUCUCCAAGCCCAGUCGUGGCGUCGUUCAUCCCAUUAUAUAUGUUAGCAUUUUCUCUCUGCCCUCUCUUUCCCCUCCUUCCCUCCUUAUUUUGUGUCUGUCCUUAGCUACCUGUGCAAGUCACAGUUAGACUACCUCAGAAUGUAGUCAGGAAUCUACCCAGUGUCCCUGGGAUGUCUUUUCCCUGGAGGGAGGAGCUGGGAAAUAAUUGCUGGGGCGUUCCCAGCCUGCCACUCCAGGUGUUCCUGACUCUGCCUGGGCCAUGGUGCAGACAUGCCAGGAAGUGUUUUGUAUGAGCCUUCCAUGUCUAGUUCUUUUUUCCUCUCUGGCAAGUUUGCCACCCUAGCUUAGGCUGGCAUUCUAAUGAGUUG